AAUAAAUUGAUUGAUUGAUUGAUCUCGAAAGCCGCCUGCGCGAGCUGACGUCGCGUUCGGAUCAAUGAAAAGGGGGGGCCGGCCGUCGAACAGCCAAGGUUGCGAGUGAGGGGACCCCUGGCCAAGAAUAUCGACCUUGCACGCGUGAAGCAGGGAGGGAAGAAGAGAGGGAGGAAGAAAGGAAGCAUCUAGAGUCCAAUCUGGCAGAAACAAGGGCACAGGUCCAGCUGAGCAAAUUAGAGCAGGAAUCAAUGGAUCGUGGUCGCGCUCGAGCUGUCCCGUCGGCGCCGCCUGCGCAAGCCCUCCCGAUUGUUCUGGCAUACUUGUCAGGGGACCUCCCAUCCCUCCUCGCAGCCGCUUGCGUCAGCCAUGAUUGGCGAGAAGCUCUCAGUGGCAUGCCAGAAGUCUGGCAAGCAGUGCACUUCCCCAAGCAGAUUGCAAGCAAAGUUACAGAUCGGGGGCUCCGAUGGAUUCUGCGCCAGUCCGGAGAAAGGGGGCUCACAUCCUUGGACCUUGGGGGGUGCUCCCAGCUGACAGACCAAGUAGUGCCUUAUAUACUCAACGCGUUGAAAAGAGUGCCGGAGAAAGUGAGUCUCAAGGGCUGUGGCCGCAUGACGUGGAGGGGAGCGUGGGGGAUAUUGCAGUACCUGCAAAACCGGUAUGAGCAGGAAGUGGGGCGGGGUGAGGGGCGGGGGGGGGCCAAUGAGCUCGAGAGAGGCAGACGUCGUCUCCAGAGCGUGCGCCUCUCAGGAAUAAGCCUGGAGGGGUGCGACCCCGCAGUUUUGAUGCGCCUGACCAGCCUACCUGUGGUGGGGGGCCUGCUCGACUGGAUGGCCCUGUGCGACCGGUGUUUAUCGUCACAUCUGCUCGAAAAGUGUGAGUGGUGCGGAGUGAGAGGGUGCCGGGAACCCAACCUGGAACUGGACAUGGUAGAGUGCGUACGCUGCCAGAAAUUUGGGUGCGUUGACCACUUUCAGGACCUCAACUUUGCCCACUGUAAUUGCGCCAUCUGCGAUGAGUGCCUGGACGAGCACCCGGACCGGGCCACCCCGUGCUACAAGUGCGACGUCCUUCUUUGCCCCGUGUGCGACGCCGGCGCGCGCAACUACGUACGGGAGUGCACCGGCCCGUGCCUGCCGCCCAACAUCGUGUGCGACUCGUGUCGGCUCGAUGAAUGCAUCUGCACGUGCAAUAACGACGAUAUGACGGUGGAAGAACUGCGGCGGCACGAGUACCCUGUCUUAUGCGAGGAGUGCGUCCGGACGCAGGAGCGAGUCUUCUCUGCCGAGGAGCGCCAGUUUGGCCAGGAGCCCGCAACGCGGUACUGUGGCGCGUGCGGGCUGCUCCGAAAAUGCCACCCGGAUUUGGGCACGGACGACGAUUCGGAAGACAACUUUUCCGACGAUCCACCUGACUCUCACGACACGGAGGCUUUGGGAGAUUCCGACGACUAUGAUAGCUGGUUUGACGAACUGAAGCCGCGGAAAAAGCGCGGGGAAGAAUGCAGUUCGGAUGAAGAAACCGACAGUGAAGGGGCCGUUGACGGCGCGCAAGGGGCGGGUGAGAACGGAGAGGAGGGCGAUGAGGAUGUAAGUUAUGACGAUGAAGAGGACGCGGGCGACGAUGAUGAAGACGAGGAUGACGUGGACGAUGACGAUAACGAAGAUGAUGAUGACGAUGAUGACGAGGACGAUGAUGACGAGGGAGACUGGUGACUUGACGUAUGGGUUUGGAAGGAAAGCACUGUAGAUAGAGUAGCGACUUUACUACACAGAUGAUCGCUUCCCGUACCUGAUUAACCUCUGCAUUGAUUUUUUUAGUGUGAUUUAGCUGUAGAUUUGAGGGUCUUGGAACAGCAGGUGCUACAUUCAGUAUAGGGCAGCUACGUGUGCGGUUAUUUUGAGCUGUAUGCACAUCAUGCCAGCCAUGGCGGCAUGUAUACAAUACUAUGCUUAUUCAGAUGUAGCGUGGACCAUCCAACGACUAAUGUGCAGCUGAGCACGAUUGAGUUGAUGCGCAAACAUAUCAAUUCUUCAAAUAGACGAGAUAAGAAAGCAAUGUGACA